UAAAUUCUUGCCUUUCUCGUUCUACAAAGCUCGUGAGGAAAGAACAGUGGUGUUUUAUGUUUGUGAAAGGGAAGCGGAUUAAGCUGAAAUAGGUGAACGUGUUACGAGCACACUUAUAAAGUGUGUCUAGAAGGAGGUUGUUUAGGUAUAUGGACCGUGCGAUCUCUGCAUGGAAGUUUGUUCUGCAUUCACACAGCCUUUGAGUGGCAAAAGUACAUUACCCGAGUUGGAAGGCCGAAGACAAUCAGAUUAUAAUGCAUAUUAUCUUUAUACGAGACGUAACCCCACAUCGGCCCAGAAUCUCGUCAAUAAUAAUGUCAACAGCAUCACUUCAUCAAACUUCAAUGCCAGAAAUCCCAUUGUCGUCAUCGUCCACGGCUGGCUCGAUAACAUGGAUGCCAGCUUCAACGGAGCAGUCAGAGGUGCAUAUCUUCGGAAAACCGAUGUAAACCUCAUCAUGUGUGACUGGAGCGCAAUCGCCAUAGCUGUGUACGGCUCAGCGGUGACCGGUGUACCCAUCGUUGGUCGUAACCUUGGACAGUUCCUGAACUUUCUUCAUCGAUCCACUGGAGCACCCUUCAACAAGAUGCAUAUCGUUGGAUUCAGCUUAGGAUCUCACGUUGCUGGAAAUGCUGGAAGAGAAUUAGGCGGAAAGAUUGCACGUAUUACUGGAUUGGAUCCUGCUGGUCCACUAUGGCAUGGAAACUCAAAUCGCCUGAGACCAUCUGACGCAGUUUAUGUAGAAGCUAUUCACUCUGACGGCAGUGCUGUGGGCCUUGGCAUCGGUUUACCAGUUGGUGACGUGGACUUCUUUCCCAACGGAGGAGCCAGCCAACCCGGCUGCUUUGACCAUUUCUGUAACCACAACAGAGCUUGGCAACUAUUUGCUGCUACAUUGACUUACAACCAUCUUGUGGGCAGACAGUGCUCUAGCAUGAUGCAGGUCAACACAAAUAACUGUCGCGGAAAUGAGUUGCGAAUGGGCAAUCAUAUUUUGGACAAGAGGGGGUCCGGAUUAUAUCGAGUAAACACGGGCCGGGUGUAUCCAUUCUAAAGUUAAUUAUAUUUUGUUAAUUUUUCAUAAAUAAAGGUCUUGUUGUAUAAU